UUAAUUCCCUGAAUGGCCUGUGGCGUUUGAAGUGAAAGGCUUCACGGUGCAUUUUCCCUCCCCUUAAGAGACGCGCCGCUGUAAGGCGAAGUGCAGCGAAGCAAGAGCGUCAGGCGUGAUCUGGGGGCAGUUGGGGAAUUUAUCAAUCCCGUUCUGUGAGUGGGAUGGUGCCGUCACGCGUCACGUUUCUCAGAGAGCUCGUCUCCUCCGUCAGCAGCCGCCCCAUGGGGUCCCCUUGGAUCCUGGGUGUAGCUGUCAUUCUCACCGUGUGCCUCAGUGUGUGCGGCCUGGAAAUUCCACUGGAGAUUGAACAGCCGCCCACCAUCACAAAGCAGGCGCCAAGCUCCCUCAUCGCCUUUCCACUUGAAGACAACUUCACCCUGCAGUGUGAGGCCAGAGGAAACCCCGCACCUGAAUACCAUUGGACAAAAAAUGGACAGAGUUUCAACCCACACCAGGAUCACCAGCUGAUGAAGGAGGGGAAUUCUGGGACCUUUGUCAUCCCCAAUGGCAGAAACAUCACUCAUUACGGAGGGAGAUAUCGCUGCCUUGCCUCAAACAAGCUUGGGAUGGCCGUAACCGAGGAGACAGACUUCAUAGUGCCCAAUGUUCCAAAAUUCCCCAAAGAAACCAUCAAACCCAUUGUGGUGGAUGAGGGCCAGCCCAUUGUCUUGGAAUGCAACCCCCCUACAGGAAUACCCCCCAGAGAUAUCUACUGGAUGACUGUAGAUCUGAAGUACAUUGAGCAGGAUGAGCGGGUGUCCGUCGGCCUGGACGGGAACCUUUACUUCUCCAACGCCGUGGAGAAGGACAGCCGCCAAGAUUAUUGCUGCUUUGCGUUCUUCCCCAACAUACGCACUAUAGUCCAGAAGACAGCCAUGACUGUGGUGGUCAUAAGCGCAAAGUCUACAAAUGACUCAGACAAGGCAGCGGCUGUCAGUAAUGCUACCCUACUGAGGAAACCCAGGCUGAUGUCUCCCCCUGGUGCUGAGACGGUGGUACGGCUGGCUGAUGGGGACGAUCUGCACCUAGAGUGCAUACCAGAGGGGCUUCCAACACCGGUGAUUCACUGGGCAAAAAUGGAAGAGACAUUGCCGGCCAAAGCUAACCUGCUGAACUACGGGAAGCGCCUCACGAUAUCCGGGGUGAGCGCAGAAGACGACGGGACGUACACGUGUGAGGCGGGGAACUCCGCAGGAAACACCGCCCAUGCCUUUCACGUGAUAGUGGAAGAGCCGCCCCGCUGGGUGCGGAAACCCGAAAAUGUGUUAGGUACGCCUGGGUCCGAUGUGCGGCUUUCAUGCUCCGCCACUGGCAAACCCCCGCCAACCAUCACCUGGAUGAUGAACGGACACGUCCUCGAAGAUCUUCCAGCGUCCCACAGACAGAUUCUGAAUGGCGAGUUGCUCUUGCGCCACGUCACACCACAGGACAGUGCCGUCUAUCAGUGCCAGGCUUCCAACAGGCACGGCACCAUCCUAGCCAACGCCAACGUCAUGGUCCUGAACCUCGCCCCCAUGAUCCUGACAGAAGACAAGCAAGAGUAUGGAGCUAUGAUGGGAGCAACAGUGUUUCUGCACUGCAGGACCUUCAGCUCACCACCUUCUGUAAUCUCCUGGACUAAAGACAAAGAAAGGAUUAAUUCUGUGGAGGGAGAGCGGUUCUCCAUUCAGAAAGAUGGAUCGUUGUGCAUCCAUUCUGUUCAGAAGACGGACUCUGGGAUGUACAGCUGCUUUGCCUCAAACGCUGAGGGGAGAGCCUCAAUCUCUGCUGCACUGCACAUAAAAGAUCCAACCAAAAUUAUGGAACCACCACAGGAUUUGCAAGUUCUUAAGGGGGCGACGGCAAACUUCACAUGCCAGGCGGAGUAUGACAAGUCUCUCAGGCGUGACUUUGAGAUACGCUGGGAGAAAGGAGGAACAUCCCUCAGUAUUACUGAGAAUCCUAGAUACAUUGUGGAGGGCGGAGUCCUUCAGAUUGUCAAUGUGAGUCACAGUGACCAUGGCUUUUAUGCAUGUGUGGCCCGGACUGGGCUGGACCAGGACCGGGCAGUGGCCCAGCUCACAGUACUGGAUGUCCCCGGUAGGCCGUUAGUCCUCAUUCUUGCGGAACACCAGAAUCGAAGUGUGAAGUUGUACUGGGUUCCUGGGGAUUCCCACAACAUCACUAUAACUGAUUUUAUCAUUGAGUAUGAGGAAAGCCAGUGGGAACCGGGCAGGUGGAAGGAGCUGAGCAGAGUGGCGGGGAACCACACCUCAGCCAGGCUGCAGCUGCACGGACACCUGGAUUACCGCUUCCGAGUGUCUGCUGUCAGCGGCGUCGGGAGGGGCCCGGCCAGCGAGCCCACCGAAAGAUACAUGACCCCCCCAUCAGCUCCAGACAAGAAUCCAAAAGCUAUAAAAAGUGAAGGCAAUUCGCCACAAGAAAUGAGUAUUCAUUGGGAGCCAUUAUUACCAAUAGAAUAUAAUGGGCCUGGUCUGGAGUAUAAGGUCAGCUACAGACGACGGGGUGUAGAGAAGCAUUGGCAAGAGCACAUGGUGAAGAGGAAUCAUAUCAUUGUGAGGAACACCCCAACGUUUGUGCCGUAUGAGGUCAAGGUCCAGGCCAGAAAUGUCCUUGGCUGGGCACCGGAGCCCGAAGUCUUUACGCUGUACUCAGGGGAGGACAUACCUACAGCAGCCCCAGAUGAUGUGGCCGUCGAGGUGAUGAAUAGCACCCUCAUCCGAGUCACCUGGGCACCAGUUCCCCAGCACCACCUGCGGGGGCAUCUGCGAGGCUAUUUGAUUCAGCUAAGAAGGCUGCUGGAUCUCCUGAAUAUGGACCACACCCUGAAAGACAAACAGUCCCUGACCGUAUACGGAGACCGCAACCAGACCCAGAUCCACGGCGUGGUCCCUUACUCUGAGUACAACCUAACAGUCAGCGUUUUCAACGGGCGAGGCAGCAGCCCUGGCAGUAAGCCUGUCACCUUCAGGACACCAGAGGGAGUUCCAGGAAAAAUAUCCAUACUGAAAGCAACGAAUGCCCAGUCAAACUCCAUCACACUGGUCUGGGUGCCCCCUCUGAAAGCCAACGGUAUUCUCACUGGCUAUCUUCUGCAGUACCAGAUAAGUGACAACGUCACGGGCCUGUUGAGCCCACGCUCUGUGAAUAUCAGCGGGCCGGACAGCGCCAAGUGGGUUGUGAGCGACCUGGAGGCGGUCAGCAAGUACAAGUUCUUCCUGAGUGCCUGCUCGCGGACAGGGUGUGGUCCGGCGAUCAGAGAAGACGGACAGACCAUCCCUGAAGCAAGUGCAUCAAGUGCCUCCAGGUCUGAGAUCACACACCAGCUGGUUAUCGGGAGCAUGUGUGCUGCUGUGAUCUUCACGUUCGUUGUUCUGAUUGCCUGCUUCAUCAAGAGGAAUAAAGCGGGAAAGUAUUCCGUUAAGGAGAAUGAGGAUCUCCGUUCAUACCAGCAGCCCCAGAAUAAGAACGGCUCUUACGGAUACAGUGACACAGAGAGAAGGGUCUGCCAGGACAGCUUGAGAUACAUCAACCAGAAUGGAAAAGCAAAUGUUAGCGCGGAGAGCCUGGAGGACUGCGGGGAGAGCCUGAUGGACUGCAGCGAGAGCCUGGACGACUGCGGGGAUGACGACGACCGUUUCGGGGAGGAUGGCUCCUUCAUUGGCGAGUACUCAAGCUGCAAAGACGUAAGAUUAGGUGGAGUUCGUGGAACAGCUCCAAACAGUUAAACAAGGGACGAUGCUACAGUGCAGUUUGUAAAGGGAAAAGCGGCAAGUGAAUUUGCGUGAAGUCCAGUUUUACACAGUACUACUGAGCACCUAUUAGCUGUACUGUCAUCUCAGUACUGUACGGCCUGCUGGUGCCUUGUAACGCACAGACACAAAACACAUCUCCUCAGCUCUUACAGUUUAGUACAGAAAAAACAGGUGUGAAACCAUGAGUUUUUUUUACCUUCUAUAACAGAAUACCGAUUGCAUUUUCACGUCACCUAGGUGGAAGGUGUGAAUUAUAUGCAGUUUAAACUGAUUGCAUAGGUUUCAGAACACUGAAUUGUGGCUUUUUUUCAUUUUAAGCACACAAACUUCUACUAUUCAAACUAUUAUUUUUGCAGUAAUGUUAAUAUAAUGUUAAUAUAAAAGAGAAUUGCACAAAAAAGUAUGAAUCAGACUCAUAACAACAAACAAAAUGUUAAAUGAACAGUAUAGUUGUAGUACUGAAAUACAUUUUAUAUAUUUUUUCCAAGAUAUAAACCCUUACCGAAAUAAAGAAAACAAAGAGAGAAGAUUUCAUUUAUUUUUAUAAUUUUUAAUUAAGUAGAAUUUUCCAAUUGCUUAAUAAUUUCCUCAAUUUCCUAAUUCUCAGGAACAUAAAUAUUAUUUAGGCUGUCAUUUUUGGAGGAUAUAAAAACUUUAAAUUCUCAUCAGUAUUUCUUCAUAUUUUAUUCACUGUAAAUUUAAUUUAUAUAUAAUUUGUCAUUGUAAUUUCUAAUUUUGGAUACAUUUAUUUCUUGGUUGAAAAGAGAAAAAUGUGGAAUUAAACAAUCUACUAUGUUAGUGACAAUAAAAAUUAAUUUCAAUUUAUGUUCACCAGUUUUAUACAAUAAAAAUGCACCUAAUAUAAAAUGUUAA